AUGCACAUUCACCUCCCUGUUGCUGGGCUCGCAAAUGCCAGGCAAACCCCAGGAUUCCAUUAUGAUAUCAUCACAGAAGUUCCAAUUUCUUCAUGUGGCCUGAGUUCCAAAUUCAGAGCCACUUCCUGGACAGUACCAAGAAUCAAAGAAGGAACCUCAUCAAGGACAUCUGAAAUCCUACCCUGGCAGGUCAGCAUUCGAACCAAAGACAAGAUUAUCUGCAGAGGAGCAAUUCUGAGCAGUUGGUGGAUCCUGUCUACAGCUCACUGCUUCAUGGAGGACCUUUCUUUAGAUCAUCCCAUAGAGAUCAUCUUGCAUGGGAAGCCUUCAGAGAAAAAGAAGUUGGACAUGGUGAUAAUCCAUGAAGACUUCAACAGUACCAGCUUGAGAAACAACAUUGCUUUGAUCUUAUUGGAUUCUCCCAUCAGCUUCAGUGAAAAAACGACACCAAUUUGCUUGCCUUUGUUGCAGGACCUCAGCGUAUGGCAAGACUGCUGGGUUGCCACGUGGAAGACUGUAAUGGCUGAUGAUGUUGAGAAAUUAACCCACAUAUUAAUGAAGGUGGCUCUAAUUGACCGAGAUGUAUGUUCCAAGGAAAUCCAAGGGUUAAUCGGGAAUGUCUUCGGUGCUGUUUCUAAGGAAAACGUGGAGGAGAACUGUGAGAUGGAGAGUGGGAGUCCCCGGUUCUGUGAUUCUGGAAGCAACAUGAAAUGGUUUGUGGUUGGCAUAGCAAGCUGGGGAGGUAACUGUGACCCAGAGGGAAGCCUCACAAUCUACACUGCAGUCUUCAGCUACCUUGACUGGAUACAAAAGGCCACUGCACAAGAAGGAGAGCCCUUUAUUCCUGAAGGAGCAGAUGACAUUGGACCCUACACUCAAGUCUUUAUCCCAGAUUCUUUUUCCGGUUCUUCCCUCCUUUCAAUGACCUGCGCAAUUGCACCAGUUUUGUUUACACCAAACUCCUUUUUAUUAUAAAGUACAGAUAUUGUAUGUUGUUCUGCCCCCAA